AUGGCCCUUUAUGAUAUCGGGUUAUUGGUGAACUUUAUUUUGUUAAUUCUAUCUUCCACAAAUAUAGAGUGCAAUAAAGCCGUUUUUAAGACAACUAUUUAAGGUUUAUUAUGACUCACGGGAUACUACAUGGCCCAUUAUCUGGUAUGGUAUCGACAAAUAUAGUCUUAAAUAAAAACUGAAUUAUCAUACCUAAAAACAAAUAGUUCCAUAAUAAGUUCCUUUAAUACAUUGUGUUUGCUUGGGGAAUAAUUGAAAAUAUAUUUCUUCAUAUAAAAUGUAUACAUGAUGUACGUAUUUUAUGUGUUUAUGCAUAAACAUCAUCACAUACACUAUUAUUUUAUUAUUGUAAUUACAUUAUAUUCUUGUUAUUUUGUCUAAGAAAAAAGUCUUGUUUAUCUUUGGAUAAAUAUAUCGGAAUAUCUAAAAAGAGAUCAAUAGACAUACCUUACUUACUGGACGGCAAAUGGUAACACUGUCAAGUGAUUGUAAAUUAUGCUUGAGAGAAGACUAUAUACUUGAAAUCGUCGAAUUUUAAAAGCGGAAUAAGAAAGAAUAUGAAAAUCAAAAUUGACAAAAGUUUGUUCUGUGGUUUAGUGUUAGUUUUUAUUACAAUAUAUAUCUGCAAACUUCAUAAAUUUACUUUGGAAUCAUUAUUGUCGGAGGUGACUGAAGAUGAUUUUGGAAAGCCUUACAGAGAAUACGAACGGUUUGUAAGCACUAUUGGAGUAAAUUGCCAAAACAAAACAAGAUGCGGGCCCAAAGCAGAGUCAGGAUACACUGUUUGCAUGGACAGCCCGUUUAAACCCAAGAAGCCAUGUCUCGUUUAUUCUUUUGGAUCGCACUUUAUGUUUGGAUUUGAAAUUGAUGUCAUGCAGAAGUUCAAAUGUGAAAUCCAUACUUUCGACCCAAGUAUCCCAAUAGCUGGGCAUCAUAUUCCGGACGGCAUUCAUUUUCAUCUGAUUGGGCUAUCAGAAGCCGACUCUAAGAGCAAACUAGGUUGGGAAAUGAGGGAGCUUUCAACCAUUCGGAAGAACUUAAACCAUACUGAUACAAUCUUAGAUAUUCUGAAGUUAGACAUAGAAGGAUACGAGUGGAAAGCAAUCCCACAGAUUAUUUCAUCCGGAUGUUAUAAAUAUGUCAGGCAACUUGUUAUAGAAGUUCACUUUGGAAAGGUGAAGAAAAGCUUAGAUAAAGAUGGAUACAUUAUAGUAAAGCCCGAAUACUGGGGCAAUGUAAACACAUCUCAACAACUGGAAGUUCUAAUACAGCUUCAGAAUAGCGGUUUUCAAGUGUUUCAUUAUGCAAGAAAUCCGCGAACAAGAAUGAGAUUUCCCGAUUCUUAUAAUCAGAGUAUAUUUACCUGUAAUGUCAUUUCGUUGAUCAAUAUCAAUUUAAACGAAGUCACAACAAAUGUUUUUGGAUGAGCAUCAAACUUCAUUUAACGAAUAUGAAGGAAUCGUAAACAGAUUAACGUAUACUUGCAUGGGAAAACAGAAGAUUGACAUCGAAACAUGGAUUAAUAAGAAACCAGAAGAGACCGAUAAUAAUAUGUAAACAAUAGUCCUAAUAUAAAUGAUAAUGUGAGCAGAGGGACAAAUGUGCUUGUAAAUCAAUUGAAAACAUUUAUCGGUCAAUAAACUUGUAUGUUGCUAUGAUUUGAAAUUUCGUUAAAUUGUACCAAUAAUUGUCAACAUAGGUCAUGCUUUUGCAUAAAAUUUUAUAUAUUUAAA